UCGCUCCCGGGAUGGAGCCCCCGACCGGCACCGAGAGCGCCCGCCUGGUCAGCCCGCGGGGCGGCCGCGCCGACGGCAGCCUGCUCCUCAAGAGUCUCUUCACAGGCUCUCCAGACCCCCCGGCACUGGCGGCCCCUCCAGCUCCAGAUGCCCGCUGCCGCUGCAGCCCCCCGACCCCCAGCCCCGGGCAGGGCAGGCUCCAGGCCCGCCAGCAGCUGAGCAUCGCCUGCGCCGUGUGCUGCCUCUUCAUGGUCGGGGAGGUGAUAGGUGGGUACCUGGCACACAGCCUGGCCAUCAUGACGGACGCAGCCCACCUGCUGACAGACGUGGGCAGCAUGUCCGUCAGCCUCUUCUCCCUCUGGGUCUCCAACCGCCCGCCCACCAAGACCAUGACCUUCGGCUGGCACCGCUCGGAGACGCUAGGUGCGCUGGCCUCUGUCCUGUCCAUCUGGGUCGUGACUGCAGCCCUUGUCUAUCUGGCGGCCGCCCGCAUCAUCAGCAAUGACUACGAGAUCGAGGCGCGAGCCAUGCUGGCCACAUCCGCCUGUGCCGUCGGCGUCAAUCUGGUCAUGGCCUACAUCCUGCACCAGUCCCCUGCUGGCCACGGCCACGGCACAGGGGCCUACGAGAUGCUGGAGAGCUCUGUGGCCUGCCAGCCCAGCCGUAGCCCCCUGCCCGGCAGCACCAGCGUGCGGGCAGCCUUCGUCCACGUGGUGGGUGAUCUGCUGCAGAGCGUCAGCGUCCUCGUGGCUGCCACCAUCAUCUACUUCAAGCCCCAGUGCAAGAUCGCAGACCCCAUCAGCACCCUCUUCUUCUCGGUCUUCGUCCUCGGCUCCACCAUCACAAUCCUCAGAGAUGUCUUCAGGGUCCUCAUGGAAGGGACACCGCGGGGCCUGGAGUUCGAUGCGGUGAAGGAGGAGCUGCUGGGGACCAGCGGGGUGCGCGGCGUCCACGACCUGCACCUGUGGGCGCUGACGCUGAGCCACCCCGCGCUGUCGGUGCACGUGGCCGUGGAUGCCGGCGCUGAUGCUGAGAAGGUGCUGCGGGAGGUCACGGCCCGGCUCCAGAGCAGGUUUGGCUUUGCCUUGUGCACGGUGCAGGUGGAGCAGCACCAGGAGGGGACAGCAGGUUGUCCCCACUGCCAAGACCCCCGAACAUGAGACCCCCACCUGCCGCUACAUUGGGCCAGACGUGGCCCUGGCCCCAGCUCCUCGUGCUGGAGCAGGGCAGUGCUUGAGAUCCCAUCCUCCCCUCUACCCACCCCACGGCUGGUCACCCCACCCUGGGGUGACUGCUGUGCGGUGUCCUGGUGGGGUGGACACAUGGCCUGGCCUGUGGAGCACAGGGGCUCCCUGGGAUCUUCCACUCCCUGCUGUGCCACAGCUCCUGAGGCGGCUCCCAGUCCCCAGGGAGCCUGUCUGUCCUGUCCUGGCAGGAAGGGACAUCCCCAUAGGGGACCUCAGAGCUGGCCUUGGCCCCAGCCCCCAUGCUGCUGCCUGGGCUCCAUCUGAAUCCUGCUGUGCCUGACCCAUUCCCUCUGCUGAGUUGUGCCUGUGCCCCUGGUGUCCAUCUGUCCAUCUGUGCCAGCAGCGGUGCCAGCGCUGCCAAUAAAUGUGUUGGAGCAGCA